AGUAAUGACAUAAUUUUGACAUAAACCGCAAAUGCAAAUAAAAUGCUCAUGGCUUCGCUACAGCGCCAUUUUAACAUUAACCUUUUUAGACAGGGAGGAGAUUAAUAAUUUUGUUAAAAAUAUGUGCCGAAGCAGUUCAUACGUUUGUCCGUAUUAAAUAAUUAAACAUUAGCAAUGAGUGCAAUUUAAAGAACAAAGGAUAAUUCGGUAUGGAAGAUGGUUUAGAAAGCCAUGUAAAUGAUAUUCAGUUACCUGAAAAUGUAAAAAAUGGAGAGAUAGACUCCAGUAUGGCAAAUUUCCCUGAAGGGACUGUCACUGAAGCUAAAGAUGAUAAAAAAUCCUCAGGCUCACCCAAAGUUAAUGGAGAUUAUUCCCAAGAAUAUGAAGAAACAAAUAAUAGUUUAUAUCAAGACUCUUACAGUUCUGAAAGUGAUGCAUUGGUUAUAGAUGAAAGUGUACCUAAAAAGAAAAAAGGCAAAGGAAAAUCUAAUAAGAAAAAUAAAGAAGUAAUCCGUCGCAUGAGCGAAAAAGAAAAUGAAAUUGUUGGUAGCCCUAGUGAGUCUCGUGAAAAAGACAGUAGUGUAGAAGAAAAAAUUGUUGAAUUAAAAAAAGACUUGUUUAGCAGUGAUCAAAGCAGUAACUUGACUGUGCAAAAACCGUGUGACGAUUUAAGUGUAGAAAACCAAAUUAUACCAAGUGAUGAUAAACAAACUAGUAACAUUUUUAAUGAAAACAGUGAAAUUGUAGAUACAGUAGUUAGUAAAACUGGUUCAGAUUGUGAUCAUUCUGUAGUAGAUAGUGAAACAAAUUGUGCCCAGGAUCUUUUAACACAUUCAAAUCCUUAUUUUAAUGAAUCUUUGUUUGAGUUGUCUCAAUUACAUCAUUCCAAUGAGGAAACUACUACAGAUAAUCCAAGUAAUAUUUUAAGUAGUAAAGAAAUAAAUUCCAGUUGUAAUAAAGGUUCGAAACGUUUUAAACCCAAGCCUAAACUAAAAGAAUAUGCUCAGUACUUAGGACUUCAGCCUGCUGUACAAUUUAAAUGCCCCAAGUGUGGAAAAUCAGGUUUCGAAUCUUUACACGUAUUACAAGAUCAUUUUUUGCAAUGUAAUGCAGUACAGAGCUUAGAGAAAGCUAUAGAAAAUGAGAAUAUAUCUGGAUUUAAAUUGACUCGAAAAGUAUUUUUAUGCUCAGCUUGUGGCACUUAUUACGAAAACUGGAAUUUGUAUAUGCAUAUGUUAGAGUAUCACAGACGUUACAUAUGUUUAUAUUGUUUAGGAAUGUUUUCUGUGUUAGAGGAUCUAUGUCAACACAUUCAAUCUAGGCAUAACCUUGAACCUGGUGUCAAAAAUACUUUAGAAGAUUUUUAUAAUACUUACACGGAACCUUGUUACGUAGUAUGUUGUGAAUGUAAUAGACAAUUUAACGAAGGUGAUAAUUUUUUUUACCAUAAUUGCAUACCACAAAAAUCAGCUACUAAGAACAAAUCAAAACUGAUUAAACAAGUAAUUGCUCCUGAAAAUCAUAUAACUGGUGAUUCUAUAAUGGUAUCGUCAGAAACAUUGAAUAAAGUUAGUGAAGUUACUAAUCAUUCAGAAAAGAAGAUAGAAGGUAAUCUUGAAAAUGAACUUAUUAAUAGUGAUACAAAAGAAAAUGAAGUCCAUCAAGUUGACAGUGAUAAACAAAAUUUGAUUGAUAACGAAACUUCAAAACAAUCUGUAAGUGAUUUUAGUGAAAAUGCUGACGAAUCUUCAUCCAGCAUAAAAGAUAAAUUUCCAACAACAGAAGUUGAAGAUACUAAUAAUAAAAAAGACUUUUCUCACAGUGUUAAUAAAGAUACUUGUUCGGACAAUAGUUUAGAGGGCGAACAGGAUUCUUUAGAUUCAACAAAAAUAUCUGAAGGAAUUGUAGAUAAUCACAAUAGUACAGAAAACACAAUGGAUGGUAUAGAAGAAAAUUUCGAUAACCAGGAUGUAAAGCAGUCUGAAGAACCAGAAAUAGAAACAAGAAAGGUACCAAAGCUCUCUUUAAAAUUACCCAAACCAAAGCCCCUUUCUGAUCCAGAAGAUAGUGAUGAAAGUGAUAAGCAUGAGAUGGAAAUUGAUAACAUUGAGAGUGAAAAUGAGAAUGAUCCAGAAAAAAGUGAUUCAGAAUUAUUACCAGCAGAUAAAGAUGAAGCAGUUGCUGAAAAAGAUACCUCAACUUCUGAAGUUCAGUAUCCUGUAGCAGAUUCUGAUAUACCAAUUGUUGAAAUUGAAUUAGAUUUGUCCCUUGACAAAAUGGAUAUCAGAAUAUUGCUUCAGAAAUGUCUUCAAGCAACAGCGGCCACUUGCAUUUACUGCAACCACGCUCGUCGAAUAGCUGUCAAUGGCAAACAGCUUGGCUUGCAUGCUAUUGCAGAACAUCGAUAUUCUGCUAUAAAUAAAAGCAUAACAGCCGAAGAACUAAUACCUGAUAGCUUUAAUUCAAGAAUAAAAGAAUGCUUUGAACAGUUGCAAGAAGUUUUCUUCAAUUUGGACUCGGGUGCUUCAGAUGAGGCAGUGACUUUUUCUCACGUGUUUGAGUGUUUUCAGUGCCACUACAGUACAACUGUUCACAAGGAACUUUACCUACAUAAUAGAAAAUUUCACUCAAAAAACUUAUUACUGUGUAUAAUGUGUAAAUCUAAUUUCUAUAGUUAUAGCGAACUUAUAUGUCACUUAUGUCCCGGUGUGUAUAUAUUGGACUAUAAUUUACAAUUCAGAUGUUGCAUGUGCGUAAGUGACGAUCUCCCUUCGUCGUUUCGUCUGAUGGUUCAUUUAAGAAAAAGACACAAUGUCUGUGAUGUAUGUUUAGAAAUGUGUCAUAGUCAGUAUAAAUUAUCUAACCAUGUGUGGAAACAUAAGUUGCACCACUUUUGUUAUAGAUGUGGCAUUGCAUAUAGAAAUAAGCCUGAUAUUACAAGACAUCUUUUCUGGAAACAUGGCACUGAAAGUGUUCUUUGCAAGAAAUGUCUGCAGAAGAAAUGGCCCCACGUUUACCACUUUUGUGUUCCCCCGGCAGCUUUUACCUGUGAAGAGUGCAAUUUAGUUUUUAGUAGAGCAGUAUCACUCAAGGUCCAUAAGAGGAUACAUACUGAAGAAAAGAAACAUGCUUGUACAUGGGAAGACUGUACUGAAGCUUUUAUUUCUAAGAAACUAAUGGAAAAACAUUUGAAAAGGCAUACAGAACCUCCAGAAGAAGAGAAAGUUGAAGAAGAGAUUAAAGAAGAACCGAACGAUGUUGAAAAUGAGACAGAACAAGUUAAAGAAGAGGUUGACAAAGAUUCAGAAGAUUCCGCCAAAUCUGUAAAACCGAAAGUUGAUGUUUACGAUCUUCCUGAACUAAAUCUAUCAGAAAGUGACAGUAGUGAUUCGGAGCCUGAACCUGAAAAGCCCGAAGAAACUACGACAGUUAAAGAUCCGAUUGCUGAAUCAAAGAUUGAUAAUAUAAUUGAGGAUCAAAAUGUAUUAAAAGAAGAUUCAAUACAAAAAUCUCCAACAAAUGUGACCGAGUCACAAGUACAGGAAAAAUUUGAAGAUCUACAACAACAAGCAGUUGUGGACGAUGCUUCUUCAAGUGUGAUGCAAAAUAUUUGGGAUAAUUUCAAGAAUUAUCAGGCCAGUAAAGAGAAAUUAGAUCAUAUGCUUAUUGGAGAAUUUGACACAAAACCUGAUGAACCCUAUGUGCCCGACAUUCCUAUACCUAUGGUCGAGGAAGAAUUGACGUGGCAAGUGGCGCUUAGGGAUCAUGACUAUUGCGCGGAACAGGGUAAAGAUACUGAUACUAUUAUUGAGGUUAAGCCGGCUUUGGAAUCUGCGGAACGUGUAGACCACGACUAUUGCUUCCAGUCGGAAUCGGACAAGACGGAACAGCCUAAAGGGACCGAAGCUGUCAAAGACAUUCCUCAAAUAGUGGAGCAAAAAAGUCCGGCGCAAAAACGAAGUUCUUCCAGUUCGUCGAGCAGCGAUAGCGAUUCUAGUUGCGCCUGCGGUUCAAGUUGCUCUUGCUCAGAUAGCAGUUCGGAUAGUUCUAGCUCAAGCUCAGAUAGUUCAAAUUCUGACAGUUCUGCUGAAGGAGGAACGAAAAAGCAGCAACGACGUUUGAAAAAGAAAGAGAGGAAAAACGCAAAGAAGGAAGCUCCAAAAGAAUUAGAGGCUAAAGUUGACACUGUAGCUGUUGAUCAACCUGUUGUGGCUGUAGAAACACCAAUUAACGAAUCGGAUCUAGAAACGACUGAAAGUGAAACUGAUGAAGAAUUUUAUGACAGGGAACCACAAAUGUUUGCCAAGAAAAUAUUGGAAGAAAAGCGGGCUCAACUUUUAGCCGAAAUGGGACCAAAUAUGGUACCAAAUGGUUCAUUUAUUGAAAGUACCAGUAGACCACCAACGCCGCCUGCUGGUACAAUUGAAGAGGAAGAACAACAACCCAAGAAGAAAAAGAAAACAAAAAAGCGGAAAAAGAAGAAGAGCGAAAAAAGAGUACCCCUAGAACAAAGAACAUAUUCUUCUACAUUAAUAGUGGACUCCAAUCCCCCACAGAUAUCAACUCCCUCAUAUUAUCAGCAGUUCCAUCAAGUCGAGAGACAAUCUCCAACAGUUGCUCCCAUAACUCUAUCUCUUUCCAGAAAUUCGCCUGUUCCACAAACCCCGCCGAUAAAUACCUCUAUUGAAAUGCCCGUCUUAGCUCGUCAGGAUUCCACUGCUUCGGAUACGAGCUUGAGAGCAUCAAAAAGAAGAAGAGUGCCAAAUAAAUUCUAUGGUUAUUCCAGCGACGAGGAGAACGAUAAACCUAAAAGGAGUAAGAUGGAACUGAACAAGACUAUACCAGCUCCAGCGUCGCCAAUGCUAGUGCCACCAAUCACGAUAAAGACCGGUCCUUCGCCGAUGACGCUACCGCCUAAACCGCCGGUGGUGGAGCCCCUCACUCUGCGUCUUCCUCGGCCUACUCAUCCACCAAACGAUUUCAGAGUUCAACGAAGGCCAUCAAUUCCACCAAUUCGCUUGUUUAAGCCAAAGAUACCCAUAGCUUCAAGAGAUGAAAGCGCUACGGAUUCUAAUGAUUCCGAUAUGGAUGAGCCAGCUGAAGCAGCCAAUGGACCUCCCAAGCCACAGCAGCCACAGCUGUAUUGUUAUUGUAGAUGUCCUUAUGACGAAGUCUCAGAAAUGAUUGGAUGCGAUUCAAAUGAUUGUGAAAUAGAAUGGUUCCAUUUUGAAUGUGUUGGAAUUAUGGUACCACCUAAAGGACAGUGGUUCUGCCCCGAUUGUAGAAAGAAGAAACAGCAGCAAAGAAGAGACAUACUGACUUAAAUUUUCAGGAAUGCAUCAGUUUCGCGUGAAAUUUUUGUUUAAAUAGUAUUUUAAUGUUGAUUGUAAUUCUCCAUUGUAGAGAUACUUAUUCACCUUAGAAGUCUUUCAUUAGUUUUAUUUUUACAUGUAUAGCAGUUAACUUGUAAAUGUAUAUGGGAAAAAAUGUUGAAAUUUAAUUUAAGAAAACGUAUAUGAAAAGAAAUGUCUUACAUGCAUGCUUUAAUUUUUUUGUUCUAAAAAUCUGGAAGAUUUAAAUUCAAUAGAUUGAGAAAGGUGGUACUUACGAGGUUUAAAAAACAUUAAUUUAUUUUUAAAAUUGAGUUAAAUUUAGACCUUUUUGUUUUGAGGUUAUUUGUAAAGUCUGUCCAGCGAGAGAAGGCAUUUUCAACAGACGGCAUUGUGUCAACUGUCAUUGUCAUAUUUUCUCUUGUUGGACAAAAUGUAUUUUUAAUUAGUAUGGCUCAUUUUAACGGGGCUAUUACAUAACAAUUGUAAAGGUAUCUUCUGUUUAAAAUUUAAUUUUUUGGAUGCUGUGAAAAUUAUAAUUAGUAUUUAUUUUGACGGAUUUGCUAAAAAACAAAUAUUAAAAUUUUCGCAGUUAAAACAGCUUUAUAUUGUUUCUUGUACAUAAUAUAACUGUAAAUAUUCUUUAUAUUCUAUAUUCUUUACUGUAAGGAAUGCAUACAUACUGAACUGUACCAGUUUUAGUUUUUUUUUUCUCUAUGAUAGAUCUUAAUGUAUAUUAUUUUUAUUAAUACUUUGCCAAAUUAGUGUAAAAAACUUGUAAAUAAUUUUGUCAGUUAUUGUGUAUUGACAGUGUGUUUCCUGGUUUGAAUGUGGUUUUUAGUAAUAGAUCUGGAAUGCAUAUUCAGGAUACUUACGUUUCUGAUACCCAUUAUUAAAUGUGACAAACUAAAUAC